GGCGUCACAGUUUUCAUUGAAUCUCGCGGUGUUUGCGUAUUGAUUUUCAAAUCUCCUUUUGGCUCUUUUUGACAUUUAAAAUGAAAACGAUGCUUUUAUCUCACUCUGACCAUGUAGUGUCAUCGUAAUCCUUAAAAGAGGCGCACUUUUGGUGCGAGAAUUUUUGCUCAGAAGUGGUUUUUCGCUCCCCCUUCAGUUCAUUACAAUCACUCGUACGGUGAACUUUAUACAAUUUUCAAAUCUGUUUACUAUAAAAAAAAUCUUCUUUUGGCUCAAAUCAAAAGGGAAAAUUGUAUUUUCUUUCUCUUUCCCAUUGGCCAAAAGUAUGUCGCUAUAUAUGUUUUGACAAGUGAAAAGUGGAAAAUAUUCUUGCGGGUUCAUCUCCUAACGUAUUUGGGAGAAAAGUCAAAAAGAGACUAUGAUUAAAGUCUUGUGAACGAAGGGGGUUCUUUGGCCCUGCAAAGUGUAUUUCAUGAAGAUGGUGGAUGGUGACACUUUUAUGUGAUUUUUCGGUUAGAACUUCUCAAAGUCCGAUUUGUCAAAACCGAAAGAGGGUUGAAGAUUUUCGGCCGAUUAAAGGGUAAGGGGGGCGCUGCCAACAAUACUGAUGAGGAAGUGGCCUAAAGUGCGACAUACAUAUAUCAUCUCUACUAUAUAUAAGGCCCAAUAUUAUAUAUAAUAAUAAAAUCUUGAACGCCAUUUUGGACAGAAAUUAUUACCUCUACACACAAUUUUCUGUCAAAGUGACGAUUUGUGUUUUUUUUUUCGUGAAAAAUGUGAACUUUUCUAAUGCAUUUGCACUUUUGAGCCUAAAUGUAGGCAAAAUUCAGUGAGAAAAUUUCAUUUUAUUUUUUGUGCCAAAAAAAAGCCUUCAUGGCUUUUACUACACACAAAUACAUUUGAAAAUAUACAUAAAAUGAAUGAGUUUAGAGGUGAAGUGUCAAAAGUCAUUUAAAAAGUGAAGCAAGUGCGUGAAAACUCUUCUAAUAAGGGUGAAAAGCUCCUGCUAAAAGGAUUCUUUGGGAUUUCUAAUCAAUUAUCCCCAUUUCACUUUAAAAAAAUAAUUACGCGAGAUUUAGGCAGAGAAAUCAGUCGUGCAUCAGAAUUUUCGUGCCCAGAGAGAGAAUUGAAGAGGGAGACGAAGAAAAAAAAAGAAGAAAAACAUUCAUUUUGCGUAUCCUCGGGGAUCCCACGGGUGGCGUGAAAUGAUGCCGACAUGAGCACCGAGAGGCACGGCAGGAGAUGGAAUGGACAUGAACCUCGAAGUGGAUCAUCGGAAAAGGAGAAUUUCGUGGUGGUUGAGAAGAAUUGCAGCAAAUCACCACGUCCACCACUACCGGAUCUCAUACCAAUCCGGAAGAGUACGGCGGCGGUGGUGAAGAAUCCAAAGAAUCGCGAUGGCAACCACGAUGGUAAAUGCUGGACACCAAAUCCAAUGGAAUGUCAGCGGCAAAAUCAAAUGGUUGAGGAGGAAAAAAUAUCGAUCUGUGACAAAGCACUGAGGGAUGAGGAUAAGGAAAGACGAAGGAAGAAUGGCACAACAAAGGGGAAAGAGUGUGAUGAGAAAUUUCUCGAAAAUGGAGCAAGAAAUGACGAUGGUGUGGGCGAAAGGAUGGCCAGCAGUGGGAGCAGUAGAAGGGACAACAAUGAGCUGAGGUGUGGUGGGUGGGAAGUGCAUCCUACGGAGCCCAGCGUCAAUCCCGUCUUCCUCUGGGUCGUGCAGGAUGACACGGAGAUCAUUAGUGUGCGGUGCGAGGACUACGACCGUAGGAAUCGCAUCCGUUUGACCAAGACGUCAAAUGGAACGUGGAAGGCCACACCGCGGACGCAGAGCGAUGAUAGUGUGGAGGUGAUGCGACGACGGAAGAAGAAGAAGAAGAAAGAGAGGAAGAAGCACAGGAAGGAGAAGAAGCGGAAGAAGAAGAAGGACGAUGGGGAGAUGUUGGGGAUGAGUGUCCUGGGGCAGGUGGGGAGUGCGCAUGAGUUGGAGGAGAGCAGCAGAGGUAGUGGUGGUGGUGAUGAUGAUGGAGAAAAGUUGGAGACGACGAUGGUGUUGGGACGCGGGGCUGGGGCGGCGGCGGAUGAGAUGGAUAGAGGUGAUUGUUGCACGAGUGAAGGCAAGGAUGGUGAUGAGUUGUCGCUGCAGCAGCAGCAGCAGCAGGAUGAUGUGGUGGUGCAGCAAGUGCAAGAGCAAGAAGACUAUGCAGUGCAUGGGGCGCAUGGGAAUGAGCAAGCAACCCAACAUAGUCUUGGUGAAUCAGUUUAUGAGACAUUUGAGGUGGAUACAGUCGCGAAUUGUGUGCAGAAUUCCUCCUGCAAGGACACCCCAGAGGAACCAUCUUUAUUGCAACAAGACCAACACAUUCUUUUCGCAUCAUCCCCAACAACUAGUCCCAAGUACCACCACAAGGGUCACCAUACGCAUCAGCAGCAUCCCCCGAGGAGCCCAGUUGGUGCAGAAAAGACCAAAGAGGAGGUGAUUGAAGAGAAAUUCCUACCAUUUAUGUGCAAAAGCAUCACAGAAGACGACGCCCAGCAUAGCUUCAAGCAGGAAUCCUUCGCGGACAAUCUGAACGUCACCACAGAGCUCAUUGAUACAAUCAGGGAAAUUGCUGUGACCAACACUGAGGACCUGGACCUCACGGAUCACUGCGAGGAGAAUACCAUGACUGGUGCUGAACUCCUCGAUUCCCUCAUUGAGCACAGCUGUGAAGUCAACAAUAUUUCAGGUCACAUUGAUGACGUAAAGCAGCAAACUCCGUGUGAUGUUGAAGAUGACUACAAUGAGGAGGAUGAGCUUCUUCUAGACUCAGAACCAGUGGCAAAUAUAAUUUCACGCCUAAGUGAUUCCCCAAAGUGUCUCUCAUUCACGGAAUCCGGUGAGAUUGAGACGAUUCUUGAGUCGGGGAACAUUUUCAAGGGUACAGAGCAGACUCUCGAUGAUCUGUCGUUAACCAUAAAGGAGCUCACGGAGACAAAGUUCAUGGGAAGUGAGGCAAAUCAGAAGAAUAUGUCGGAGUUGACGUCAUUGCUGUCGCCGGAUUCGUGUGCUGAGGAAAUGCCCAAAGAUUUGAGUUGUAAGACAGCUGGGAGUCAGCAGCAGCAGCACAGGAGCCCAUCACCGGCACGACCAACAUCUCGGGGUUCGGAUACAAUUCAGAGCCCACAGCCGAGUGGUUUGCCCCCCAUUCCACCAUCUCCGGAUACAUUUUCGCAGCAACAUCGACUCAUGCAGACCCUUCCGGUAUUCCCGAAGGUGUCCACGGGACGAACUGGAGGGCAGGAUGGGGGACAGCAGCAGCAGCAGCAGCCGCAACAACCGGAACCAUUGAAUUUGGGUGUUUGUAGGAAGUCUGCAAGUCCAACGGUGAGUUGCAGUGAAGAGGCAAAGAAUCUCCUGAGUGAUCUCACGAGUGGGGAGGAGAAUCUCCUGAGUAGUGAACCCGUGAGGAAGCGCCAUAAGUCCGAUAGUUAUCGACUGGAUGAGGCAAAGGGUGGGCAUGUGGAUAAGUCCGGAAAGGAUCCGGAUCCAUUGACACAGUUGCGACUUCUCAUGUCGAAUAGCGAAUGGAAAGUACCUAAUACACUCCUUGUGCCAAAGGAUCGUCUCAAUGCUGUCCUUGCAUCGCCAGCACGGGAGAUUCCCCUUCUUCUUACCACACGCCCCGAGCUCCGGCUCCCGGAGGCUUUUGCAUUCCCCUCAAUACUUCAAGAUCCGGACAUUUUGGUGGUGUCGCUGAAUCAACUGGAGACAAUCCUUGAGAAGCAGGAGGAGCUGUUUAAGGUGAAGGAUACCCCCGAGGUGGGGCAUCAGAAGAAACAGCCUCCACCGCAACCGCAGCAAACAACAAAAUUCCCCCAGAGUCAUCAUGAAAUCCCCGAAAGGCAGAGGCAUGCAGCAGCACAGGCACAAAUGCCCGCCGCUGGGAAGUUUGACAUGGAUCCCGGGACAUUAAAUCUCUUCAAUCAAAUGCUCUGGUUGCCGUAUUUGCAGAAUCAACUACGCAGCAGUCAGAAUAUGGGAGACUUCAUGAAGGCACCGAAUUUGCGAAAUAUGCCCGGAACCUUUCCGGAUCUCCUUAUGUUGCUUGCAGCACAAAAUAAUCUCAACACAGCGAUGCCACCGAACUUCCUUGGGUGCCAGAACCCAUUGGAAUUUGCCCUGUGGCAAGAGGCUAUGCUGCAGGAGAGUAAUAUGAACAUCCAGCAGCUGCAACGACUCAAUGCCGAACGACAGGGAGCCACUAAGAAGUACACACCGAAGCAGAAUCUCCCCAAAAUGUCACCAUAUCAGCAGAAAUCCACCCACCCGAUGCACUGCAUGACAAAUCCUCUGGGGAAUUUACGUUUCCCCGGGACUGGGGGUGGUCACAUGGGGGCACAGAAGGCGGCAACAAGUCCCUUUGCAACAUCCCCAACUUACCCCCAACAGCGAUCUUGUGGUGGUGCGAAUAUCCCGGCGCAUAUGAAGAAUUCUCUGUCAUUUGCCCAUCCACAAACCCACGCGCAUCAACCGGCAAAGAAGACGCAGCAUCAGCAGAUGAAUAGUUUUCCUGGACACUUCCCAGGUGCCACGGGGUACACAAAAGCCGACUACGAUGCGGUGAAUCAGCAAAUGCAAAAAGCAAAGGAGGAUGAGCGUCGGCACAAGUAUCAGGCGUAUCAGGAGGCACGAAAUAAGGGGGCGCAGUGUCAGUCACUCCUUAAUCUCCUCAAUCCACAGCUGGGUGGUGUCUUCCAGCAGCAACAGCACCAUGAGGAGAAGGCUAAACAUGCAACAAACGCGGAAACACAGGCUGUUAGUAGUCAAGCACAGACGGUUACGCAGCCAAAGCUGAAAGUUAAAUCGGGGCAGCAUCUUCUAGAUCCAGCUGCCAUGCAGAGGCGUCUCCUCACCACGGAUGAACUCUCCGAAGUUGGCAGUACAACCAGUAUGUCUGAUGAUGGUUCCGAUGCUAAUUCAGCUCUCUGGCAUCCACUCUUUGGCAGCCCUCCAAAGAGUGCUGGCAGUGGUGGUGGGUACGUGAGCCCGUGGCAGUGGACAACAGUAACGAUAGCGGGUGAGUGACAAACGCGGGCUCCGCCUGAGCCCGCUACAAAUAAAGGUCACAGUGUUCCUCCUUAUCUCUACGGCAACCUCUAUCACGAUGGUUUAGCCAUGAAUCCACCUUUUGGGAAUUCUCCGCAUAACAACAAAUAAAAGUUCUCCGUUGCGUGGGAAGAUCCUUAAGUAAAAUGAAAAUGGACAAAUCACUACAAAACAAAGGAAAUUAGUGCGUGAGUAGAAAAAAAACAUUUUUUUAAUGAAUUACAUAAAAUGUGAACCUCACGCCAACACACAUCUUAUACCAGUCUCCCCUAUGAAACAAAAUAUUAUGAUAAUCUCUAUGUAAUAAAUAAUAUAUUGUAUAAUGCGUAUCUGCUCCCUCCCCUCCCUCCCACACACAAUACAAUAUUUAUUCAUAUUUUAUUCUAAAAAAAUAUUAAUUUUAAAACAAAAUAAUUAAAUCAAGUGGUGAAGAAGAAAAUCAAUAAUGAUGAUGAGGAAGGAAUUUGUUAAAGAAAAAUCCCAAAGACAGUUGAAUUAUAUAUUAUUAUGAGAAUCUACAUAAUAUAGAAUAUUUUUGUGAUAAUUUUGAGGACAAUUUCUUAUAUUAAAAAAAAACGGAAGAAUUGACGGAAGUGAAGAAUUAAAACUUUUAAAAGAAGAAGAAAAAUAUUAAUCUUUGAUGAAGAAAAUGUUGAUGUCACAGUGUGUAAUGUGCGGUGUUUCUGUGCAUUUUUUCUUGAGCAAAUCAAACACAAAAAUAAUGAGUUUUUUUCACAAAAAAAAAUGUUUUUUUUGUGCGAAUUUCUUCAUGACACUGUGUAACGUUCUUUUUAUUUCCGGUUGUUAAUUAAUUAAAUUAAUUAAAUUAAAAUUAAAAUUAAUAAAAAAAACAUGAAAAAUGAUGUGAAAUAUUUCGAUAAAACCCAAAAAAAAACGCUCUAGACAAAUAUUUGUAAUAAAGAAAAAAAUCAAGAAAUAUUUGUAAUAAGAAAAUUAAAAGAAAAUCAUGGCAUUAAAAAAAUAAUAAAAAAAACUAUUUAAAAUGAUGGCAAAAAUUUGAUGUUAGACCUACACACACAUAUAUUAAGUAGUCAAAAAAAAUGAAUAGAUUACCAAAAAUAAAUCAUUUCACAUGAAAAAAAUGGAAGGAAGAAAAAAAAACAUCAAAAGUCUAAAUAAGGAGAAGCUAAAGAAAAAAAAUUUGAUAAUCGACUGUAAAGAAAAAAAAAAACGAUAAAAAUAUUUCAGUUUAAUUCUUUUUUUAGCAAAAAUUGUGUAAAACUGAAAUAUAGCAAAAAAAGUCAAGAAAACAAAAAACUAAUGGAUGAUUCACAGCAGUGAGGAUUAAUGCGGAAGUUGAUCGCGCGAAAAGGAUUCAAGGAUAAUUCAGAGAGAACUAAUCCAAAAAUAAGUAUAGCUAUUUUGCCCAUUUCGAUCCUUUAAAUGUUUCAAAACAUUCUCAUCAAUGUUUCAUUGCGAGAAACUCAGUGGCAAACAUUGUGAAUGAAUUAUUUGAAGGCUUUUCAAAUAAUAAGGAAGUUACUUUGGCAAACUCAACAUCCAUAUAUGCCUGAAUAGCCUCCUUUUAAAGUUUUUUUUUUAAAUUAUUAUAAAGUUUACAAAUGUUUUGAACAUGGAUUAAAUGCGCUGUAUUAUUAUUUUUUUUCAUAAUUUUAUUAAUUAUAUGUUAUUGAAUAAAACAUGAAUUUGCUAACACGUUAAUACAACAAAUUAAAGGCAAAAUGAUAUUUGAAAAAUUCAUGUUUUUUUAAAGAAGCAAAAUUACUACAAAAUGAAGCAGUUUAUGAAGUCAUUCUGCGACUAUUUAGCUUUCCUUGGCCCGAACUGGAUAUUUAGGUGAAACAUUGAGCUGAAACAUAAAACAAUGAAAUACUUCCUUGAAUUUUUAAUAAUUUAGGAAUUUGUAAAUACGUUGUAAUGCGAUAAAAUCACAUAAAAAAAGUUAAACAAAAAUGAUGAAAAAUCUGUUUACAGAAAAAGACCUUCUAAGUUCGUCCAAAGUUAGUGUUUCAGUGUUUUUUUUUUGUUUCAACAUAAUCACAAAGGAAUUAACCCUUUAGCCUUCUUUGGGUCAUACGUUGUCCUAAAACAUUAAACAUUUUAUUUUUUCCAGAUUUUUUUGAAUAUAAUUGUUUUUCCAAGUUAGAAAUGCAUAUAAUUCACACAGAAGAGGCUAAAGAAGACAUUUUGACUGAGAAAUGCCCUCUUUAAGCAUCAACAGAAUAAAUAUCGUGAUAAAAGAGCGCAUGUUUCAAUGAUUCUAAGUUUCACGUAAGAGGGAAAUGGUUAAACAUGAAACAUUGAAAUACUUAAAAUGAAUUUCUUAUUAAUUAGUUAUUAGACAUUUCAACAGUGAAAAUUCCGUUCAGAAUUAAUGUCAAGAUGAGAAAAAAAUCAAUUUUUUGCAUCAAUUUGCGGCACGAAACAUGGAAACAUUGAAUUAUUCUAUACGUUCAUCCAUAUAAUUAUUCAAUAGAUGCUCUCAGAGAUCACUUAUUUAGCAUCCUAUUUGUAAAUUAAAUGCAUUUCUAAGUAGGAAAAUAAAUUAUUUUAAGUGAAUUAAUGGACACAAAAUAUUAAACCCUUUCGCAUUCUCGUGAAACUUAAAAUCAUUGAAACAUGCGCUUUUUUCAUCGCUUUAUUCACUCUAUUGAUACACUCAGAGGCAAUUUCUCAAGCAAAAUAUCUUCUUUGGCUUCCUCUGUGUGAUUUUCAUGCAUUUCUAACUUGCAAAAAAACGAUUAAAAUGAUUAAAAAAUUGAGAAAGUAAAAUGUUUCACAUUUGAGCCAUCGUACGAUCCAAAGAACGCAAAAGAAUUAACUAAAAAUAUGUGUUUCAUUCAAUUUUCAUCAAAACAACUUUGGCGCCAUUUUUUUGGCCAUCAUUGUAAAUGCGCAUAAAUCAGCCAUAAAUUCCACACAAAAGGGUACCUAUUUACUUCGUAAUUAAUUCUCACUGCAUUGAAAGCCUUUAAGUGUUAAGCAACAAAAAACAAAAACAAAUAUUAAUUAAAUGAAAUUUUAGUCAUGAAUUCUGAUUGAAAAAAUCAAUUUCUUACCCAUUUAUUAGUAGUUAAAAGAAAUAAAAGAUUAGAAAAGAAAAUUAGGGAUGAAGAAAAAGUAAACGGAAAUAAUAUAUCAAAAUUCUAUCAAUUUUCCUAUUAUUAAAGUAAAAAAAGAAGUUAAAACAGCAUAAAUUAGUGGCAAAGUGCAAGAAUUUCUCUUUUUUUUUGUAAAUUAUUUUUAUUUUAUUUUAUUAAUUCAAUAAUAUUUUAUUUGUUUACUAUUAUUAUUCAUUUCUUCUAUUAUGCAUAAAUAUAAUAUUGUUCCGAUGGGUAAAGCUGUGAUGAAGAGCAGAUUGGAUUUAUCUCCGCUGUAUAUUAUAUUAUUAUUAUUAUUUUCUUAUUUGUUUAUACAUUUUUUUCUAAGACUCUUUUAGUUCUUUUUGAAUUUAUUUCUUGAAUGAAAAAGAAAAUGAAAGAUCUUUAAGAAAAAAAAAACUGAAAAAUAUUUAAUGUGCAAAAUAGAAUUUAUAAACAAAAUGAAAAGAAUUGAAAGAUUCUCAAUAAAAGAAGCUCCUACAUAAAUAAAGAGAAGAAGAAAUAGGUAAAAUACACAAGGUAAUUAUAUAUAUUUUCAGUCAAAUUAGAUGAAAGAAAAGAAUGAAAAAUGAAACUGUUGCGUGGCCCAUCUUUUUUCAAUGUCAUGUAAAAAUAACAUCCCCUCAAAAAAAAACUAUUUAGGAAAAAAUACGAUGAAGAAGAAGAAGAAAAACAAUUAACUGCUAAGGCAUUAAAUAAAUAAAUUAUACUCAUGUGCAA